GUCGUCACGGUGUCCGCAUGUUAUCUUACGGGAGUAUCAGUCACCUGCGCCAGUGUGCGUGCGUGCGUGCUCCCGCGGGCUGCUGUGGAUCCAGGAGGACCGGAGAGAUAUGGACGAGGAGGCUCAAGACAGCGAGUGUCCGGUGUGUUACGAGAGUCUUUCGGACAGCACCAGGACGCUGAGCUGCGGGCAUCACUUCUGCCAUGACUGCUUAGUACGAACUCUGCUGAACACCAGCCUGAACGGAUCCAUUAAACGGGACAAUAUCAUCUGCCCCGUCUGUAGACACCUGACAUUCAUCACAAAGCUCCACGGAUUCACAGUCUCAACGGCUGAAGCCAAAAGGAUCGAAAAGACACUGGAAGUACCGCCUCUGCCCUCUCCUGUGUUCCCUGUUGGGUCUCACACUGGAGGUCUUGGCUGUAUCUGCAGGUGUCUGAGGAGUAUUUCAGCAUGCAGACUAUGUAGAAGAAGACUCGUCUGUCCUAAAGACGCUUCAGAAGUGUUCAUCAUCAGUGAGCUGGGUCGACCCAUGGCAGAGGGUGAUGUUAUUGAUUUGGGGACAACUUCAGCCAUGCAGCAGGACUACAGCAGCAACGGACAGAGGCUUUGCACCAUCUCCUGCUGCCUUCUGAUCCUAAUGAUCACUUUCAGCUUACUGGCUCUGGUGGCUGCCACACUUCCUUGGGUUUUGUUGGCUUAAAGUGUCCAGAACUGCUUCUAUGCGGUACCUCGUGCAAGAUAAAUCACUUUAAGACUAGCUGUAUGAUUAUUAAGUCUUACCUUUGUAUGUGUUACUGAAAACGAGAUGGUUUCACAAGACACAAUGAAUGUUUUAAGCAGAACAGACGGCUAUUGUGAGAUCUUUUCCAAGGCUUGUUCUGGCAUGUCUUGAGGGGAGGCAUAUGGAGGUGGUUUCCCUACGAAACAGUUAAAUAUGUAGUGUUGCUUUUUGUUUUGUUCUGGAUCUGAAUGCACAAAGCUGCUGAUCGUGUAAAAACGAUUUGAUCUUGAACCUUCCAUGCUCAUCGAGUUACUGUGAAGAGACUGGGCCAUUUAAACGUGAAGAAGAAAAGAUGAGCUGGUCGUCUGGUUGUCACUUGAUCUUGUAGAAACAACAUGGGAUUCAGUUACAACUACCAUAGACACAGCAAGUUUGAGAAUGGAGGACGGGGAAGGGUGUGAUGAGGCUUGAGCUUUUCUCUACAGCUUGCAUUGCCUGGAAGGAAUGAAACACACCCUUGCUUGUCCAGAAAUUCUUGUCACACGGGCUAGCAACAUUUUUUAGCUAGUUCCAUCCCUUAAAUGACUAAUACCUCACAUUCUGCGCAAGUCGACAGUCAUUACUUGAUUGGAGGGUGUUUCUGUGACGUACCUGUACAGCAAUGCUAUCUCAAUGCACUUCAGAAUCGUAUGUGUACGUGUUUGUACUAGUUGACCCCGUUGACCCAUGUGUCUUCUCCCAGAGGUCAGUUAUAUUGCUCAGAGGUUGCUCAAGUGAUGUUAAUGGAUUGCUCAGUUUGAAGUAUCAAUUUGUCCCAAAUGUUUUUUCCUAAGUCUUUUGGUGAAAUGCACACCAAUGUAAAUGUGUAGUAAUUUCAAUGGACCCUUUUCACAGACUGUGAUGAAGCGUUUCCAUAGUUAAAAGCGUGCAACUAUUUUUUUCAUUAAAAAAAAAAUAAAAAAUGCAGCUACAUAAAACACUACAUUUUGUGUUAAACUACCUUGCCAUUAAAUUACAGAAAAUUAGUUAUCGCUGCUGUCGUGAGUGUUUCUAAUAUAGCUAACAGCUGAGAGAGUGACCGAAAAUUGGACAAUCUCUUAUUAUGAUAAGUUAUUAUUAUUAUUUAUUCGUUUGAUAUUGGAGCAAAUGGAAAAGCAAAAAAAUAAAUAAAAUUGUGCUGUCAACCGAUUAAUCCCGAUUAAUUGCAUCCAAAAUAAAAGUUUUUGUUUACAUGAUAUAUGUAUGUGCACUGUGUUUAUUUAUUAUAUAUAAAUACACAAACAUACAGUAUACAUUUUGAAAAUAUUUACAUGUAUAUACAUUUAUAUAUUUUAAAUACUAUAAAAAUAUAUAUUAAUAUAAUAAACAAAAUAUUUUUCUUAAAUAUAUACAUGCAUGUGUUUGUAUUUAUAUAUACAUAAUAAAUAUUAAUUAUUCAUUUUAUUUAUUUGUGAUUAAUCAUUUGACAGCACAAAAAAAAAAAAAAAAAAAAAAAAAAUACUUGUUUUGUAAUUGUAGUUUUGGUUCACCACUAUCAAAGUUAACACAACUAUAGAAUCCCAGAAAUGUGAAAAGGGCCCAAAGGAAUCUACAUGAUUGUGAAUUUUAUGUGAGGGUGAAAAUUUUGCAAGGGUUUGAAGUUGAUUGUGCCGAUUCAUAGCAUUGACCAGCAGAAAUUUCACAGAAAUGGCACUAAUGUGACCAUACAUGAAGAGUAUAGAGCUAUAAAAUUAAUAUGAAUUACAUAGGAUCAUCUGGCUUUGGAAGUAUUAGAUGAAAAAAACAAACAAACUUGAGUUAAUAAUAAAAUAUAUUGUAUACAGUAUUCAGUCUUUUGCUUAACAAAAAAAUUAAUGUGGAUAAUCUUCCAAUAGUCAACAUAAUUUGAAAUGUUUGAGUUUAUAUUUGGAUAAUCACCAGACUUCAGUUUCAAACAUCUAGCUUUUCACUUUUUUUUUCUCUAAAAACAUAAAUGAUCAAUAUCCUGUCUCCCCUUACAUCAUUUCAGGAUGUAGACAUUGUUAUUACAGCAGUUUGAGGUGAACAAUACACAAGAAAACAAAAGACCAAAAGUAUUACAAAUGUAGAGUUUAAUAUAUAUCUAUGUAUUUCUGACAUUCUGAUAAGGACUGCGGCAGGCUUCACAGUACAGACUGUGUUCUUCCACUGAUAUGCUAAGCUGAGGAGGGUGAUUUACAGGCAGAUUUGUACAUUAGUUCGGUAAGCGGUGGUGAAGAGGGCUGUACAUUGUUGGACAAUGUGCACUGAACAACUUAUCACCUUUGAAUCACCUGAUCACACAUCCCUGGUUCAUCGUUGACUCCCUUUAUUAUCUGGUAAUGUUUUAAUGAACACACAUGUGAUUUUCUAAAGGGAAUAAUUAAAUGCAUGCUCUGUCACUCCAAAUUGCUGGUUUUCACAGGAUGAUGUAAAUGAUUGAUAUACUAACCUAAAUGUUCAAAACAGAUGACUGAGACAUCUUCAGUUCAGUUCGUCACUGUUAUAACUUUGUGGCUAAUUUGUAUCAUUAGUUCUUUUUGAACAUAUCAUUUCAUGUUGAAAAUGUCAGAUAAAUUAAGAAAUAAAUGUAUCAGUACAAAUUAUGUCUUUGUAAUAGGUGCAUUAGAUGACUGUUUUAUUUGACAAAUCCCAUUUUGAAAAGAACAUUUGUACUAUAAUUGCACUAUAAUCAUUUUCUUGAAUCAAGCAAGUAAUAAGAGAAUUUGUUAAAUCAAAUCUGUUUGACUCAUUAUUAGGCCUGCAUGGAAUCUGUGCCUGGGAAAGAUAUCUUUGCGGAUUUCUGCCCUUCCCAUGUUGGUUUAACAUCAAUUUUGACUCGAUAAUAACAAAAUAUUUCCCAUUUAGAUUCUGUACUGAUUUCCCAUGAUUUCAGUGCAUCAAAAUGCAAUGAAAAGCAUCACAACAACAGGUCCAGGUCAGGGCAUUUCACUCCAAAAUCGGAAAAAAAAUUUUGUUCAAUAUUUAUGACUAUCAAUAUUUUAUUGUAAUUUUUUUUUGCAUUUUGGCAUUACAUUAAAAAUUACUGUUAUACAAAUUUUUAUUAAUUUUUUUAAAAACAUACAACACAUACUAUUAUUAUGAUAGUACAAGCACAAUUAAAAUAUAUUACAGAAUUUUUUAAUCGUAUUAAUGACAUUUGGGAAUGAUAUUGUGCUUAAUCAUCAUGAAAAUCAUUUGAUUGAAUAGCUUCUUGUUCUUUAAAUAAAACAUAAUUUCUUGAUUUUUUCUUCUGAUUUUGGGGUGAUACAUGACCUGUGCAGAUUCUGUGUGGGUCAAAUCAUCAGUUAAAAUGACGUAUGUACAAUUCAUCAGGUUUAAAAAGUUCCAUCAUGGCUAUUACAUCCAUUCUGUUUCGACCAAAUCCUUGAACAUACUGGAUAUAAAUGUUAAACAUCGUCAACCUGUAAAUUGAUUAUCUUAAUUUACAAAUCACAUAUCCCUGUGCCUUUUCAACUUAGAAAAGCAUGUGAUAACAGAUGUAGUACUGAACCGGAAUGAGAAUGCAUGUACAUACUGUAUAAAAUCCUCCCACGUCUUCAUUAACAACAACAUAAGCAUUCAUUAUGAGCGCUAACAGAGAGAGAUGAGCAUAAAGAAAAUAAACCAUGCGUCUAUUGCAGCUGCUAUAAGGCCUUUACUCUAGUGCACUUCCAAGUAAAGGCGAAAUCACAUUCAGUCAGCACACUCGAACAGACACCACUGCCUCCUCACAGAACACCGCGGGAAACGGCACAGACAGAACCUCACGUACACACGAAACUCGCCGUUAGCUUCAGGUUAUAAAUACUGAAUGUGAGGGCACUUGCAAUUAUCAUUGUGUAAUCACUACAACUAUAACUCAGUCACCAAUAAUCAUUAGACUAUAUUUCAUCAAGAACACACACUGAGGCAUAUCACAGAUUUCAGCAAAAAAAGUCCUUUUGUCCCUGACGUACACUAAUGCUUAUUCAAAGAGAGAAAUACAAGCCAUGGCUAUCCAUCGUUGGAAGUAGAGUCCUUCGUAUGAGAACGGAGACGGUUCGCUGUGCCCAUUCCUUCCACGGGACAGAAGUGAGCUAAUGCUUGUUUGACCUUAAUACAGUUCUGCGCUUUUUGUACAAGUUCAGACAAGAGAAAUUGCAGCAUCCAGUAGUCUCGUAGUGUUGUAUACCCAUGAAGCAAAUGUGGUAUCUCAGUGUGGCAUCAGACUAUGUGUCUGGGGAAAAGCAAAUGAGACUUUGAAGGAUCUUUAGGGCCUGAUAUCUUUGAGAUGACAUUUCGAAAUGCUCCCUGCCAAGUUAGAAAAUCUGUAUUUUUCCAUUGAUUUUAUGGCGAGAUAUGCUAUACAGUGGCCCUAAAAAGUAUGCAGACACAUAGUUCAUGUGAUGAAUGACAUCAGUGAGGAAAUAACCUCAUACAUCCACUAAAAGCGAUACCAGUUGACUACAAGUAGGCUAAUUGGACGAAAUCACUAGUUAGUUCUAAGAGAAGAUCUAAUAGUAUUAUUUUGCAGAUUCCACACAUCACAACUUUUUAGGGCCAUUGUAUUUUCAUUGAUAUAAUCUACCAGUUUUUAUACAAGAGUAAGACUGAACCGAUGUUAUACGAUUAUUGUUAUCUGGCGACUUCAUAUAUUUUCUAAUAAUAGUACUGUAAGUAGCUAUACAGUUGAUUUAUGCUGUUGAUUAAGGCUGUUAUUGAUGAGGUCGGUUUAGGGAUAAAAUCUCUCUCGGGAGUAACUCUACCUAAACUUCUGCCACGUCUGCAUUCAUAUUUCUACAUCUAGUUCAUGGCUUACAAAAGUGCAAAAAACUCACUUGCUAUGUGAACCUGACAAAAAGUGUUCAGGGACAAAAUAAUACUUAGAACAUUAUUUCUAUACAAGAUAAAUAUGGCAUGUCACAUUUAUGAAUAUAUAAUUCAUAUUUGCCUUUACAUUUGUCCUCUCGUUGACACUUAUCUACACAUCUUUAUAUACAGUAUUGGUAUAUACAGAAGGGAUAGUGUGGCACUGCGUUUGAAGCACUUUGGAGGGCAUAUGAGUGCGGAAAGACAACAGAAAAUGCAAGGCAGUGCAUUGGAACAGAACCAGUAGUUGAUCUCAGUGGCUGCCAAAAGUAUUAUAUGAAACAUUUGCAGUGACCCAUUUUAGCACAUGCACUGUUUCUGUUUUGCAGGUAAAGAGUGAAGAAUUGAGAUUUCCAGGGUUCCCGCACUUUCUGACCAAUGAAUUUCCAUGAACAGAUUUCCAGGAUAAGGAUUUUUAAAUAUCAUUAUCAUUACAUAGAGAUCGCAAACUCUCACAAAAUAAGAAAUACUUCAGAACAGAAAAAAAUAUAUACAGACUAUAGAAAAUUCCAUGAUUAGUUAGAGGGAUUUUAAAAUUUUCCAUGACUCUAUUAAAAUUCCCUGAUAGUUUCCAUGACUGUGGGAACCCUGGCUUUCCUACCUUGCUUCCGUGUACUGCAUUAUAUUGUACUGGCUCUUUAAGAAAAUGCACUUUACUGCAGUAGUGGUCACUGUGUUGCUGUAUUAUGUGCGAUUCAGAAAGUUCUGACGAUGUUCUGCCACAGAUAAAUGCACAUAUCAAUCAAAACGUUACAGCAAAUUGAUUGACUCCCUGCUAAGCCCCGCCCCCUCAGUUUCUGUUGCUGACUCAGAAAAACUUGACUGAAUCCACCGAAGGAAUGAAUUGGACAUUUCAGGCCCUGUCCCAAAUGGCACCCUAAACCCUCGCGGCCUUCCUCUGAGUCUGCACUUUGGUGACAUAAUGCCGCUUUGACAGCAUCUGAUUGCUCGCGAGCACCCUUCUGAAUGCUAAAAUGAUGAAUGGGACACCCAGGGUCUCGUGGACUUAAUGGACAUGCGCGCACGCGGCGGCCACUGUAAGUCCGUAAGACCGCAAGUGCACAUGAAGUGUUCCAGUUUACCAUUCUACAUGUUCAGGACACAUUAUUCAAUUCACCUCAUGCAAUUCCCAACUUCUAAGAUUUGGAAAAGGAAGGAAAAUUUGAUCUCUCUUUAGUGGGUAUAUUUACUUUUAUAUUUAUGAAUUUUGGCAGACGCUUUUAUCCAAAACAACUUGUAUUCAACCCAGCAGGCACAGGACGUCAAUAUAACAUCAGAGAGACGUUGCAUUUUGGUUGAGAAUGAAAAUCGGGCUGACAUCAGUAUUUGAUGCCAUUUUGACAUUGACUUAACAUUGGAUUUUGGUUACACAUCCUAAAAAAACAAAAAACAAAAAACAAAUAUCAACAUCAGCUGACAUCAGUAUUGGACAUCAAAUUAACAUUAGACGUUAAAUCGACAUUGGAUUUUGGUCACCUGAAGUUGCAACCGAAAUUUAACCAAAUAUGUGCCUGCUGGGAAGGUACAUAUUUACAUUUUAUCAGUUCUUGCUCUCCCUGGGAAUCGAAUCCAAGACCUUGGCAUUGCUAGAGCUGUGCUCUACUGUUUGAGCCAUAGGCAACAAGGGUUUAAUGUAUUCUCUGAUAGUUUUAAAUGUAAUUUUACAAAAUUACUGUCCAUAGAUCUACUUUAGAAAUGAGCACUUGUCUGAUAAUAUAAUGGGCAGCAACAGUUGCUAAGGCCAGAUUGGUCAGUAGCACUUUAAGGCGGGACUUAGCAAAAGGUCAACUGAAUUGGAUUGCUAAAGCAGUGAUUAGUGUAGGUUAGAGAGAUUGAGAAAGAAAGAAAGAGGGAGAGAAAGAAAGCGA